AUGCAGUGCCUGCUUUGGAUUUCGGCUUUGGAUCGAAAUGACAGUGAGAGGCCAAGAUCCAAGCACGCAAUGGAGGGAGGGGAUGAGAAGGUGAAUUCAUGGUGUAGCUGCAAGCCUUUACAUUUCCAGGAGAGUUCCGAUCCCGUCGAUCAAAGCUACACCAAGGUCAUUGUUGUGCGAAAACUGAAGCAGGCAACGUCCCACAAAUUUUUGUUUUUGCCCCAGCACAGCUCUUUGCUGACAGGGAGCAAAGCUUACACAUUUCAAAAUCUAGCCGCCGAGAACAGCAACAUCAGCAGGUAUCCUGGAGAAGAGGGAAUUUUUGCCAGCAAGUUAAGUCGUGUAGCAGCGCCAGGGAUCUCCGAGAGGGCAGGCACCUCCAUUCUAGCGCUGCUGCCAAUGCAGGGCCAAUGCAUCGCCGUGGCAAGUGCGAUGGGAAUGCUGUUCGCUCCAAACGCCGUGGCAUGGAAAACGGUGCUGGGGGCCAGAAGUGGAACAACGAUAGUGGCGUUUGAGGGAAUAGUCGCCGGCAUACAUUCUCGCGUUGUCACCACUGGUGACUCACCAGCUAUUCAGACCAUCGAGUCGAUGGACUUUGCUGUGGCCUUGUUCGUCCUUGCCAUCGGCUGGAUCACUCUAUCUCUCUUCAUUGAGAGAAUUCGAUCGUCGCGGCUCCCUCCAGGUCCAUUCUCUUUGCCCAUUUUUGGAGCGCUCUUCUCCCUCGAGGAGCCACUCCACCACCACUUUGCGAAGAUCGGCAAGAAGUAUGGGCCGAUUGUCUUCCUCAAGAUGGGAAUGGCCCCGUUCGUGGUGGUCAACGACAACCAAAUGGCAGCACAGGUUCUCAAGGCCCACGACCUUGAGUUUGGAAGCCGACCGGACGAUGGGUUCUUCCGGAUCGUCAGCCACGGCCGGAACGAUCUCGUCCUGGCUCCCAUCGGUGAUAAGUGGAAAGCAAUGAGAAGGAUUUGCAGCACACACCUGUUUAGCAACAGUAUGGUCAAGGCAAGUGCAGGAUUCCGGGAGUCAGAGAUGAAGCAUGCAGUCAAGGCCAUUUUCCAGCAAUCCGGGACAACGAUCAAGCUGCAAGAGGUUCUCAGCAAUCUCUUGUCAAAUUCGCUGUGCCUGGUUCUUUUUAGCGAGCGGGGGCUGGAAGUGGUGGAUCUUGUCCGGAGCGUAGCCGCUCUAAGCUUGAACUUGAACAUUGGAAUUCUGUUUCCGGCACUCGACCGGCUGGAUUUUCAUGGAAUCUAUCAGAAACUCAACACGCAGCUCAUGCCUCGUCUGAAGCUCCUGCUGGAAGAUCAAAUCGACAAGCAUCGACGCCGGAAAGAUCAAGCUGGAGACGGAUUCGUCCCUCGAGAUUUCAUCGACGUUCUUAUAUCUCUGGAGGACAAGGAUAAGUUGUCCAACAUCUCCAUGUUGGCACUGCUCUCAGACAUGAUUCUCGCGGGGCUGGAAACGUCACUAGUGACGAUCGAGUGGACAAUGGCGGAGCUCAUUAACCAUCCGCAAGUCAUGUCCAAGGCUCAACAGGAGAUGGACAACGUUGUAGGCAGAGCUCGCGCUGUGCAAGAGUCCGAUCUUCCAAAUCUUCCAUACAUCGAAGCCAUUGUCAAGGAGUCAUUACGUCUCCACCCGGCGCUCCCACUGGGAUUUCCUCACUCGAAUCCCAAGCCAGUCAAGUUGGGCGGCUACACCAUCCCUGGCGGCUGCAAGGUUCUCGUCAACAUAUGGGCCAUUGGACGCGAUCCCGCUCGCUGGUCCAACCCAGAGGCGUUCCAGCCGGAGCGUUUUCUGGACUCCAACCCCAUCCCUGCCAACGGCCAGAACUUUGAUUUCCUUCCAAGGAGAGUUUGUGUUGGCUAUCCACUGGCCAUGAGAUCGAUAUCGUUUUUCGUGGCCAGUUUGCUCCAGGCAUUCGAGUGGAGUCCUGCUAACCCAGCCGGGAUCGACAUGGAGGAACGCACAAGAAGUAUGACGAUGAAGCUCACUGCCGACUUGCUUGUAAAUGCGUCUAUCAGGCUCGAUCAGAAUAUAUUGAUAAAUAAUUAAAAUGACCAAAUGCCUUGA